AUGUCAUUUAUUGCAUCUAUUGAAUCAAAGAAGAAUAAAUUAAUUUGGUCUAAAUCAAUAUUAUCACUUGCAGCUGUUUCAGAAUUUAUUAAAUUUGUAAUAUUACAAGAUUCAUUUUAUAUAUCAGCAGUUAAUAAUUCUCGUACUUCUCAUGCAGAAAUCAUAUUCAAGAAAUCAUUCUUUAAUGAAUAUAUGGUUGACUUCAGUAGUGUUCUCCCUGAAGGUUUCGAAACAGACGCGUUAAGAUAUGAUGAUUUGGAUGAAGAAUUUGAAAUGAAUCAACAUUCAUAUUCUUUUAUUAUAAAUUCACGUCAUUUAGCUACUUUAUUUAAGAAUCUUGAUGCUAAUAAUAUGCAAUAUGUAUGCUUUAGAAUAAAUUGGAAUCUAACUUCUCCCAUGACACAACGAUAUAAGUUCUUUAUAGAAAUCAAAACCAAUAAAUUAAUUGUCAAGAAAUAUCAAACAAAUUAUCAACCUGUAUUACGGGGAGAAAUUAAAAUUCCUUCAAUUUAUAAGAAACAAUUACGUGAUAAUCCAGAUGAAGAUUUUCGAAAUGGAAAUAGAAUUAAUCAUAUCAUGAUUCAAUACAUAAUUCCUAAACAAUUUUUGGAAAUGGUCCCUCCAGCAGCUGAAGAUUUUAGACUUGAUAUCAGAGGUAAUAAAGUCCUGUUCUGCGGAUAUACAAAACAAAUUAGUAAAGAAAGAGAUUUUUUGAAGCAGCCUAUGUCUGUCACGGUUACGAUAGGUUUGGAUGAACUUACAAGUACCAAUAUCCAACCAACAUCAAAUAGAGACGAAGGAGAACAACUGAAUAAAAUAUCCAUUAAUUUCCGAUUACGUGAUUUUAAGAAUUUCAUGAACUUGAUCACUUUCCUUGGUCAAUCAUCUACAUAUACAGAACAAUUUGAUGAAAAUUAUCUAACCCUAUCAAAUAAUGAUCAUUUUGAAAUAUUUUUCAGAAAUCCAGGUGAUCCUAUCCUUUUUGAAUGUCAAAGUAAUGACCAAAUCUGUGUUCGAUAUAUUCAAAUUACAGCGGAUGAUAGGUCGUCAUCCGAUAUGGAAACAAAGCAAGUCACAGUGGAUGCUGCAAAGAAUAAUUCAGACGUAUUGGCAAUACCGUCACAUACAAUACAAAGAAUUGAAAAUCAAGAUAUUCGACCAAUAUCCAGAUCUAAUUCUAUUUUAUCCACCACUUCUUCUCGCAUGCCAUUGCGUGUUGAUGAAACCACAGCCGUUCGUCGCGAUCGAGUCACACUUCUCCCCAAGCUGGGACUUAAAUCGAUUCACAAAAGUAAUAGGACUAGACCAGUCGAUAAUGAACGCCUACUGGAAGCUCCAUCCUCAUUCACUGAGUCUAAUUAUGAUAUGGUUACGUAUGAUGAUGACUCUCCGCGGCUUGGACAACAUUCUGCAUUCACCAAUGUUGAUGAUGCACACAAGGCGGAUACUGAUUAUAGUGAUUCCGAUGAUGAUAAACAUACAGGAGAACUUCCAAAACAAAGAAAACGACCUUUUGACCAAUUCUUGGGUCCUACACAAGGGAAUAAGAGAGUAACUUCUCUCUUGGAUUGA